GGUCUCGACACGUGCUCGACCGAGCAAAAAUUGGAUUACCCAAGUACCGUACGAUACUUACGUCCUGAUAUUGUACAAGCGCGUGACUAGCUUCCGUAUCAUUUUUUUCGAUUGCAGAUACCGGUACCGGUGCGACGAACACUUCAUGUUUACUUUCACCUGAAGGAGUUCAGACAGAGCCUCGUAUUAUACUCUUUCCACCCUUGCCAUAGUCAAAACUUCACCACCGGUUCACAAAAAUGUGCUGAUUCAUCAUCGAUUGCGCAGCGUCCAUGGCAAACGCGGUCACCCGAGCCUUGGGAUGCAACAGGACAAACCGCCCGUCCUUCGCUGCCUCGUGUUCGGCUGGGCAGUGUACCGCAAAUGCCAGGGAUGUAAAUGGGAAUUGCAGUGUGUCGGCAAACCUUAAACAACGAAAACUCGGCUCCAAUGAAGAGGGGAAAACAACAGCAGCAACACUUUCAUCGUCUUCCGUGACUAGUCAAAACAUGCUGGAGGUGCCAUAGGAGACAUUGUGAACGGUCAUAUUUGAUAAGGUAGCGAAUAUCUGGUCUCGGAGAGUAUAGCCAACCGUUUUCAACAGUAGCAAAACACAAUGCAAACCGACAACUGUUAUAAAGUUCAAUGCUUUGAAUGACAACAUUUCCUUGAGAGAACGAGCUUAUUGAUGAUGGUUCAGUCGGCAGAUGGUAGCAGUACCAUUAUCUCAACCCAUUGUAGUUGUCUCAAUAUGAGUUCUCCCAAAGCAGAUAUGUUCGAGAAAGGCUGACUUCCUGAUAAUGUGUCUGAUAAUGUGUCUAUGUUGCGUGCAGACGGUCUUAAAAUAGAAAAAAUAACUUUGCUGGGUUAUUGUAACAUCUGUAAUAGAGCUCCUCCUCUGGUCGUGUCUCCAUUAACACUCCUCGGAGGGAGGCGCCGCCCGUCGGAGCAUUCUUCCCUCCGGAAGUUAUGGUUCGGGCCAGCAUAGCGCCUCUUCUGGUGGUUCAUGAGGUUAAAUAUGAUAUUAAGAUUUUUAUUUUUUAAUAGAGCUUCUCCUCUAUUGGAAAAGCAUAAUUUGCGUUGUAGUCUGAUACUAUGUGAUGUACCACCACCAGCCCUGUGUUGGCACUUCGAAUUUUAAACUGCCAACAGCAAAAACACCAGACAAACACUUACUGCUUGACUCUCAACUAUAUUAGAGAUGUGCAUAUGAAGUUUGAAAAUCAGAGAGUACUUGAAGUGUUGUUUGUUGUGCAUGGGGUCAUUCAGGAACACUUCUUGCAGUAAAAAUGAAGUGAUAAAAACGCUUGAGAAACUGUUCUUGUUGCUACCGUACUACUGUGGAUAUCAUGAGAUUUUACAUCACAGGAAGUACUUCGUACGAUAGUACAGUACUGGAGAAGUUUUCAACGCGCGUUGCGCACCCAUCUAAAAUUAUGACCCCUGUACUUCGUGACGUUUCAAAUUUUUAUUCCAUCGAAAUGGACACAUCAUCAACCAUUCUCAAAACUUCCUCCGUCUGUUCCGACAGCAACAUACGACUUUCGUUUUCUUCUCCCAAAAUGACAGCCAGGAGUGCCCUUUGAAAGAGUCAAACGCAUUGUUGCAUCAACACUGUACAUUACAAUAUUAUCAAGGAUGGCUCCUGAUGCGGAUAAGUUGCGACAGCGUCGUAGCCAAGUUGUAGCUGGUGACCUCAGCGUUAAUGUUUCCGAGCCAGAGACCGUGGACCGUGUUGUUACCCUGAAAGGCCUGAGUGGAGACGAAAUUUGUAUUGAUGGAAUUGUGUACGACAUAUCAGCAUUCCAGCAUCCGGGAGGAGAUUCUAUCAAAAUAUUUGGUGGUAAUGAUGUAACACUCCAGUAUAAAAUGAUUCACCCCUACCACACUGAGAAGCAUUUGGAAAAGAUGAAGGCAGUUGGCAAAGUUCCAGAUUACGCGCCAGAAUACAAAUGGGAUACUCCUUUCGAACGCGAAAUUAAGAAGGAAGUGUUCAAGAUUGUUCGACGCGGCAAAGAAUUCGGAACAUAUGGAUAUUUCUUUCGUGCAUUCGUUUACUUGGCGGUAUUUUUUUAUCUGCAAUAUCUAUGGAUGCAAAAAUCUUCCUACACGCUUGGAAUCAUUUAUGGAAUUAGUAUGGGCUUGGUUGGAUUGAAUGUACAACAUGAUGCGAAUCACGGCGCCGCUUCGAAGAGGGUUUGGGUCAAUGAUAUCCUUGGUCUCGGUGCUGAUCUUAUUGGAGGAUCUAAAUGGCUAUGGAUGGAAAAACACUGGACGGUAAGUGCUUUUUGAUAUGAGGUAGUCGUCGUCAAUUUUACCUGCCUUGCUUACCAAUUCUAAACUCAUCACAUCAAUAACAAUAACAGCAUCAUGCGUAUACAAACCAUCGAGAAAAAGAUCCAGAUGGGUUAGCAGCCGAACCAUUUCUCUUGUUCAACGACUACGACCUGUCAAAUCCCAAACGUGCUGGAUACCACGCCUAUCAAGCAUUUUAUCUGGUCCUCUUAUUGUGUGGAUAUUGGCUAUCAGCUGUCAUUGAUGUCCCCGUUAUUUGGAACUUGAAAGAUCGGGGCACUUUGGAUGUCGGAAUUCGAUUGGAUAACGAUUGGAUUGCUAGUCAAAGGAAGUAUGCAAUCAGUCUUCGAAUCUUUUACGUCAUGUGUAACAUAGUCACUCCUCUCUGGAAUGAUUUCAGUUGGACUACUCUGUCUCAUAUCAAUGUCAUGGGAGUUUCUGGAAGUCUUACACUAGGACUUCUUUUUACUCUGUCGCAUAACUUUGAAAAUGCUGACCGAGAUCCCACCAAAGAGAAUCGCGAAACGGGAGAACCCGUUUGCUGGUUCAAAGCUCAGGUUGAAACUUCUUCGACCUAUGGAGGUACUAUUUCAGGAUGGCUUACUGGUGGGCUAAACUUUCAAGUAGAGCAUCAUUUGUUCCCGAGGAUGUCAAGCGCUUGGUAUCCAUACAUUGCACCCAAGGUUCGCGAGAUAUGCAAAAAACAUGGCGUUCGCUACGCCUACUAUCCUUGGGUAUGGCAGAAUAUGAUUUCCACCCUGAAAUACACCCACGAAGUUGGAACUGGCGCACACUGGUUGGACAAUCCCUUCAAAGGCGAGAUGUAGACUUAGACAAUAACUGAGGAAACGACGAGAAUGCUACUCGUGACCUUACUAAUAAUACCGCAAAAUUAAUAGAAUGAAAGAUGUGUACUUGUAAACAUAGCAAUAAACUAAUAUUCGCACCUUUAACUCUAUUAUUUAUCGUUUUCCUGCGAACCCUUCGUAUUAAAUGAAUCCUUUACGGCAACAUGUGAGGUGACUCCUCGCUAACAUGUGUUUUUUUAAUGACUAUGUCCACGACUGUCUCCCAAUCAUAGCCUACGGAAUAAAUGAAUAACAACGAGAAGACGAGAUAGACGGAGAUACAUAGCAUCAAAGAAGAUAUCCCAACUUUCUUUUUGAGCAUAUUUUCGAUGACCGAACAUCUUCCGAAUAAAUAGCCCCAAAAUGCAGUUAUCGACAGGCAGAAAAAAGUCCCCCAUGUCUCCAUUCCAGACGCUGAUAUUGUUCCCAUUCCCCCGAGCAAGAGGCUUAUCGAAGUGAUUGCAAAUUCUGCAAGGAAUACCGCUCCGCCUGAGCUCCCAACAAGUUGUCCAACCAGUAAUCCAAAAAUCACAGCGGUGACAAGACUGAAAGACUUCACAAUUGAUCCAGUUGAUCUGUAAGUGACACCUGAUCGAUCACCACCAAUUGUUUGAAGCGAAAGACUCGUACCAAAGCCAACACUGCAAAGAAAUACUGAUAGAGAGUUAAGGGAGAAAUGCGGAGAACCAAAAGAGAAGCCUACAAGUACCAUGAUGAUACCAGCGAGUAUCUUUUUCAUGGCACAAUCAUUUCCCAACCUUAAAGACUCGUCCCUUUCUUCAAAGAAGAUUCCACCCCUCCCUCCUAUAGCCCGGAACUUAGAUCGACGUUCUUUCCAUUCUUGACUUCGCCAAAAUGAUAUGUGUCUCAUCAAAUCAAUAUGCUUUCGUCGAUUCCAUUGUGGUAGAAAAAUCAACCGCUGUAAAACCGAAGGACACAAAGCAUCCCAUACACGUUCCCCCCGAUGGAACAUUCCAAUGUAUAAUCGAUGCAAAAUAUUGCGCUCUUUCGCAACCGGAAAGUGUUCUUGCAUUGCGCGCAAGAAGUCUCGCCUUGUGUACCGUUCAAUAUAUCUACCCAACACAC